CUAGAUCUCUGUGGAGACUCUGAGUCAGACUGUUCUGAAGCAGCCAGGAUGGAUCUCCACCUGACGGAGCCCUCAGCAGACGUCAAGCUGGCGACUGGAGCAGGAAAGAAGAGCAAGAAGGCGGAGGAGGAGGAGGAGCAGCCUGCAGCACGUCCUGCAGCAGCAGCAGAGGAGGAGGAGGAAGAGGAGGAGUAUGUGGUGGAGAAGGUUUUGGACCGUAGAGUGGUGAAGGGAAGAGUAGAGUUUCUGCUGAAAUGGAAGGGGUUCUCAGAUGAGGAUAACACAUGGGAGCCACAAGACAACCUGGACUGCCCCGACCUUAUCACCGAGUACAUGCAGAAACACAAGGAGAAGGAGGAGAAGAAGAAGGAGGGCAAGAGGAAAGGUGUCAGUGAGACCUCGGGAGACUUAGAGGAGCGAGGGAGCAAGAGGAAGAAGGAGGAGGUGACUGUGGACUGUUACGUCUCGGUGUUGGAAUCCUCUACAGAGAAAUACAGUCACACCGUUUAA